AUGACGACCGUGGAAAAAAUCAAAGCCAUCGAAGAUGAAAUGGCCAAGACGCAAAAGAACAAGGCCACAUCUUUUCAUUUGGGACAACUUAAAGCCAAGUUAGCGAAAUUGAGAAGAGAGUUGCUCACCGAUGGAAGUUCAGGUGGAGGAGGUGGAGCUGGUAUUGGGUUUGAUGUUCAGAGAACUGGUGUAGCUUCCAUUGGGUUUGUUGGUUUUCCGUCGGUUGGUAAAUCAACAUUAUUGUCUAAAUUGACUGGUACGCAUUCGGAAGCUGCAGCAUACGAGUUUACAACUUUGACCACGGUGCCAGGUACCAUCAAGUAUAAGGGUGCCAAGAUCCAGAUGCUAGAUUUGCCUGGUAUCAUUGAAGGUGCUAAGGACGGUAAAGGUAGGGGUAGACAGGUCAUUGCCGUUGCACGUUCGGUCAAUCUCUUGUUCUUGGUGCUAGAUGUGAACAAACCUUUGCAGCAUAAGAGAAUUAUAGAGCACGAGUUGGAAGGUAUGGGUAUCAGAAUCAACAAGGAGCCGCCAAAUAUCGUGUUAACAAAGAAGGAGAAGGGAGGUAUCAACAUCACCAACACAGUUCCUCUUACACAUCUAGAUAAUGAUGAAAUUAGAGCCGUCAUGUCCGAGUAUAAGAUUAAUAGUGCAAAUAUAGCAUUUAGGUGCGAUGCAACCGUUGACGACUUGAUUGACGCUAUAGAGUACAAGGCCAGGAAAUAUAUACCUGCUAUUUAUGUGCUAAACAAGAUCGACUCUUUCUCGAUAGAGGAGUUGAACUUGUUGACCAAGAUCCCCAACGCUGUUCCCAUUUCAUCUGGAAAUGGAUGGAAUUUGGACGAUUUGUUGGAGGAGAUGUGGUCGAAAUUGAAAUUGGUGCGUGUAUAUACCAAACCCAAAGGUAAAUUACCUGACUUUAACGAGCCAGUGGUGUUGAGGAGUGACCGUUGUACAGUCGAGGACUUUUGUAACUCGAUUCACAAGUCCUUGGUCGACGAUUUCAGGAAUGCGCUUGUCUAUGGUACCUCAGUGAAGCAUCAGCCUCAAAUUGUGGGUCUUGGCCACGAAUUGGAGGACGAAGAUGUGAUUACAAUUUUGAAGAAAUAA